AUGCGUGCACCGUUUCCUGAACCCCAGCCUGGAGACCUGAUUGAGAUUUUCCGCCCUUUCUAUAGACACUGGGCCGUCUACAUUGGCAACGGAUAUGUGGUCCAUCUGGCUCCGCCAAGCGAAAUCCCAGGAGCUGGUGUGGCCAGUGUCAUGUCUGCACUGACCGACAAGGCCUUCGUGAAGAAGGAGCGGCUGUGUGACGUGGUCGGGAGAGACCGGUACCACGUCAACAACAAGCAUGAUGGCAGAUACUCACCAUUGCCUCCCAGCAAAAUCGUCCAGCGGGCAGAGGAGCUGGUGGGCCAGGAGGUUCUCUACAAGCUGACCAGCGAGAACUGCGAGCACUUCGUCAAUGAGCUGCGCUACGGGGUUCCCCGCAGCGACCAGGUCAGGGAUGCCAUCAUGGCAGUUGGCAUCGCGGGAGUGGGCCUUGCAGCCAUGGGCCUCAUUGGAGUCAUGUUCUCAAGAAACAAGAAACAAAAGCAGUGA